AUGCCGUCCAAAAUGGUUAACAAGCCCGUUGAUGGCAAGCAGAAGGAGCAGAGCAUCAAUCAGAAGCUCCAACUGUACGGAAUCUACCAUGGCUUCAAGCAUGGCAAGCUGCCCUCGAACAAGCAAUGCGACAUCGCUCUGAACAGUGCCCUCCAGUCCAAGACCCUCUCUUCCCCCUCCAAGGACCUUUCGGAAGAAGGUCAGAAGCUGGUUGGGGACCUCCGUGAGGUUAUUGACGAGGCGCGCAAGUUGAUUCUCAGCAAGAACGAUGGCCAUCUGCUCCAGGAGUUCAUCUGGGAGGCUCAGCGUCUGGGCGAUGUUGAGGCGAAGGGGCCUAAUGCGCCUAUUGACAAGGACGGUGCCAAGCAGGACAGUAACAACGCCGUGCAGGGUCUGAAGACCUUGGGUACGCUUCUCAUUACCAACGGAGAGUUUAGAAAGAUCCUGAGCGAUGCCUUGAUCAUCAUCCGUGACAUGGCUAGCGAUGCCUCGCAGAGUGCUGCCAACAAGCUUCGUCCUUCUGAGGAACAGCUCUCUCAGGUCGACCAGGCUGCUGAAGAGAACACCUGGCACGAGAAGCCUGAUAAGGAGCAGCUCAAGGCGAAGCUCAAGAGGAACAAGGGCGAUCGCGAGAGCGUGUUGUCUGGUCCCUCAGCCAGUGCCGACGGCACUUCGGAGGUAUCUAAGUCUACACGGCGAUCGACCAAGGAACGCGCUCGUGAGUACGCUGGCAAGGGCAAGGAAUACCUAUCCGAGAAGGUGCCCAAGGAGCGUCGCGAGCAGGCUAUCUGGCGUCUGAAGAAGAUGGUCAUGGAAGUCCAGGGCCAUGCUGACUACCAAAGAGCUAUUGAGACCUUGCUAGACCUGGCAGAGAAGUAUGCUCGUCACUCCCAAGACUUGUCCAAGCAAGGAACUGGUUCCAUCAAGGACGUCCGCGGCCACAACAGCGUGAGAACGGUCGAGACUAACCUCAGGGUCUUGCUUGAGCGCUUCGCUAACAGCACGUCGUUGGACGACUUCUUUGACUCCCUCGAGACCAUCUACCGCGACGCUGAGAAGGACCCUGAACUCAAGGGCUGGUUCAAGAAUGUCAACACAUUCGUCCGCAAGUGCCUGCAGGAGCAGGGCUACGUCAUGGAGGAGGACUGCAACCGCGACUGGAACCACCUAUACGACCACGGUCGCUACUUGUUGCAGGACCGCUACAAAUCCCACACCACUCGCGUUCUGGACGAGAUCAAGUUCUUUGGUGAGCAGUACAAUGAGGAUUCCCAGAACAAGGCCUUCGGAGAGGCUAUGAACAAGCUCUUCUUGGACCUUGGUCGCAGCUCAGAGGGCAAGAUGGCCUUCAAGAAGCAUCUCCUGAAGGACAUUGGCAACGUGAUUUUGCCUGGUAUCUUUGAGCACGUGCGCUAUGUUCCCAUCCCUCGUAUUGAGGUCUCCGACCCUAUGGUCGACGUGGUCGUUGAGAACCUGGUCAUCGAGAGCGACAACCUUAUGCCAAAUGUCCUGGAAUUUGGUAGCGACAACUACUUCCGCUGGGGCCGCAAGCAGAUCAGCAGCAAGCGCGACAACAAGCUUAUGAUCUCUGCUUCUGGUAUUCAGGCCGACCUGACCGAUGUCAGCUACUAUCUCAAGAAAAAGAAGGGCUUCCCGUCCGUCACGGACAAGGGUGUUAUGGACAUCCUCCUUGGUGGCGAGGGCUUCGGUUUCAAGAUUGCCGCCUCCAUUGCCAACAAGGAAGACCGUGAGCACAUUGUGAAGGUGGAUAAGGUCUCUGUUGACAUCCACAACAUGGACAUCAAGCUGCGCAAGUCCAAGCACAAGGUCCUCUUCAAAACCUUCAAGCCCCUCCUCUUCAAGAUCGUCCGCCCAACGCUCGAGAAGGUCCUCGAACAAAAGAUCCGCGAGUCCUUCAUCACCGCUGACAAUUUUGCCCGCGAUGUGCACAAUGAAGCCCAGAAGGCCGAGGAGCUCGCCAAGAAGAACGACACCGAGGACAAGACCAGCAUUUACGCCCGCUACCUGGAUGUCUGCCGUCGGAAGCUGUCUGACAAGCGCAAGAAAGCCCAGGAAGAGGCCUCUAAGCGCGACACCAAGGUCCAGACCACCGCCACCCUGCGCGACUCGCAGUUCCCUGAAAUCAAGCUGCCCGGCAGCGUCACCACCAAGGCCACUGAGUACGCUGAUCUCGCGGAGAAGGGUGAGCGCUGGGAGUCGCCUGUUUUCAGCCUCGGCAACGCCUCCGAGUCCACCGACGUCCCCAAGCCGGCGCCCAUCACCCGCAAGCCACACCGUGCUGGUAGCGUUGGUGGAUCUGAAACCGCUGGUGCCGCUAACGGCACUACCAACGGCGCGGAUGGUGUCUCCAAGCCCGAUGGAUACCCGUCGCGUGGAUUCUCGGAUGAAAUCAACCAGGCAUUCGGCACUCAGGGUGGAAACGUGGCCGCGGGCUCCAACGGCGCUGCGAAGAACGUCGCUGAUGGAACUACUGUUCCUGGUGCCCCCGCCGCCUUCAACCCCCAGACGGUUUAA